AUGACAGGCGAGGAGGCAGUAGUGGUGACCGCAAUGGUGGCGCCUGAGGCGUGUCGCGAAGAGGAGCAGCCUCCGCCGCCGGCAGGGCUGGGGUGCGAGGCGCGAGAGGAGCCCGGCCGCGGCCGCGUAGAGCACGGCCAGCAGUGGAAGAAAUUUUUAUAUUGUGAGCCACAUAAGAGAAUUAAGGAAGUACUGGAAGAAGAACUUUAUAUUAAGAGAGAUGAAUGCCACAUUAAAAAUCCAGCUGCAGUGGCCCUGGAAGGGAUUUGGAGCAUUAAAAGGAAUCUCCCUGUGGAAGGCUUGAAGCCAGGACUGCCGAGCAGAAACAGUUUAUUGCCACAAGCCAAGUACUAUUCCAGGCACGGAGGACUGAGAAGAUAAGAUGAAUUAGAUUUUCCAUUAAGGAAGAACCUCUUUCUGCUGAUGUCUGAAGAAUGGAGAAGAAACUC